AUGGCGCGCCACGGUCGCGCGGUGGCCCGUGCGGUCCUGUUGGUCGCGGCCGUCUCCAGCGCGGGCUCCGCCGGAGGGUCGAGCUGCGGCCGCGAGGAAGUGUGUGCCGCAGAAGACGUCGAGGCGGUCGAGGAGGCCUCUAUGGACCGUGGGUGGAGCUCCUUCAGUCGAGGCGUAAGCUUCUGCCAGCCGCUCGAUCAGCGGGGCAAGCGGACGCCGACAGCAGCCUCGGCCUCGCAGGAGGCGCGCGCACCGACCCCGCAGAGCACACGAACAACAUGA